UAGGCAUGGAGCAGGAGGCUCUGUGCAGCAGUUUGGAGUCGUACGGAGAUGCAUGCCAGUCAGAGGGAGCGAGUGUGGAUCCCUGGAGGAAUGAGAGCUUCUGCCCUGUAAAGUGUGGAGCGAAUAGCCAUUAUGAGCAGUGCGGCUCAGCUUGCCCAGCCACCUGUGUGAGUCCGAGUGCUCCAUCGCGCUGCUUGCAACCUUGCGUGGAAGGCUGUGUGUGUGACAGUGGUUACCUUCUCUACAAUGACCGAUGUGUGCCAGAGGAUAAGUGUGGUUGCUGGUAUGAAGGAAAGCACUACCCAGUGGGCUCUGAACUCUGGACAGAUGAUACCUGCUCAAGAAAAUGUAGAUGUCCUUCUGCAGGCAGUAAUAUGGUGUGCAGGGAUUCAACGUGUUCUACAGGUUCAUACUGUGGAGUUGUAAACGGCGUCCCCGGUUGCUACCCAUACACGUACGGUAUCUGCAGAGUGCAUAAUGAUCCGCAUUACAACACCUUUGACAAAGCCACCCUCCACUUUAUGGGCAGCUGUACGUACACAAUCGCCAAGUCGUGUGGAAAUUCCUCCUCCCUUCCGUACUUCAACAUUGAAACAAAGAAUGAAAAUCGUGGCAACGCAAGAGUAUCUUACGUUCAGAAAGUUCAUGUAACUGUUCACGGCCACAGUGUUUGGAUUGUGAAGCGGGAACGUCGGCGGGUGUUGGUUGAUGACGUGUGGGAGACCUUACCUGUUGGGCGUGGCGAAGGUGGCCUGAGUGUGAGAAGGAGCGGAAGAUACGUGGUGCUGACAACUGAUUUCGGCCUGUACGUUUCUUACGACACUGAUCAUUCCGUGGAAGUGAAGGUGCCCAGUACGUACUUUAAUCGGGUUUGUGGUAUGUGCGGUAACUACAAUGGAAUACGGCAGGAUGACUACAUGAAAGCUGAUGGAACGCAAGCUAAGGAUGACAACGAACUGGGAAAUAGCUGGAAGGUGCCACCUGACGAGCCAGGUUGCGACCCCGUCGAGCCAGAAGAGUGUAAGCCCGCAGAUGAGGAGCGCUAUCGAGGUGAUGAUUUCUGUGGUCUGAUCACCAGUCAACAGGGGCCAUUUGUAAACUGCCACUCUGUGAUCAACACCAAUGGUUUCUUUGAAAGUUGUGUUGUUGAACUGUGCUUGACCGGAGGAGACGAAGGAGCUCUGUGUAAUGCCCUGCAGAUCUACUCAGAUGCCUGCCAGAGAGCAGGAGUGACCAUUGUGCCAUGGAGGAACUCGACUUUCUGUGGUAUGGUGUGUGAAGCCAACAGCCAUUAUAACGCAUGCGCUAGCGCUUGUCCAGCCACUUGCACUGACCGCUUUGCUUCGGGGAACUGCAGUGAGCCUUGUGUGGAGGACUGUGAGUGUAACCAUGGCUUUGUCCUGAGUGGAAGCUCGUGCGUGUCUGUGGAGAACUGUGGUUGCACGCACAAGAACAAAUACUACGAGAAAGGUGCAAUGUUCUGGGAAGACGGAUGUCGAGAAAGGUGCCGCUGCACUGGCAAUGACCGAAUCGUGUGCGAGCCAGCAACUUGUGGACCGGGAGAAAUCUGCAAAGUGCAGGGUGGCAAUUUGGGAUGUUACGGCGCUGACACUGCCAUUUGCCACAUCUAUGGCGACCCGCACUACACAACAUUUGAUGGGAAGCUGUACCAUUUCCAGGGUGCCUGCAAUUACACGGUGACUGAGACUUGUGGAAAUACAUCUGUCCAAUUUUCUGUGACGAGUAGGAAUGAGCACCGAGGUAGUCCGAGCUGGACUGCCAUUAACUCGGUGAGCGUGCGCCUGCACAACCUCCACAUUGCAUUGCGGAAAAAUAGGGACGUUUAUGUGGAUGGAGUGAGGGUGUAUCUCCCUGUGACACCCAUUGCUUCGGUAAGACUGUCGCUGCUAGGGUCAUAUGUUGUGCUCCAGACCGACUUUGGUCUUCAGGUGAAGUUUGACGGAGAUCAUCAACUGGUGGUAGUUGUGGACGAGAGAUACAAAGGACAGCUGUGUGGCUUGUGUGGAACCUACACCAAUGACCAACUGGAUGACUUCCUGAAACCUGAUGGAAUACUAGCCUUGGAUUCAAACCAAUUUGGGAACAGUUGGACAGUUACUGACGAUGACUGGCCGUGUAACCAAACAGCUCCACUUCCACCUCCAUGCGAGCCAGCAGCAAGCGAAGAGGCAGUGAGAUACUGUAAAAUAGUCUUGGCUAACCCUGGUCCAUUUGAAGAGUGCCACUGGCAUAUCCCACCUCAACUCUACUUUGAGAGCUGCGUCUACGAUCAUUGUGUGACUGGCGGAGACUCUGUUCAGAUGUGCAACAUGCUGGAGUCUUAUGCUUCAGCUUGUGAAGCAGCUGGUGUUGCGCUGGGAGACUGGAGGCAGCAGAGUGGCUGUCCUGAGAAAUGUUGUCCACUGGAUUGUAACUUUGACAAAGACCUGUGCCAUUGGGCCCAAUCCAAGAGCGAUACGUUGGACUGGACACGCAACAGAGGGCCGACACCAUCAUAUAACACAGGACCAAGUUUUGACCACACCACAGCAGGUGGUUACUACAUCUACAUUGAAGGCAACGAUGGCCAACCAGGAGACCGAGCCCAUCUGGUCAGUGUUCCAUGUGCGGAGAGAGGAGCUCACUGCAUGCGAUUCUGGUACCACAUGUAUGGAGUAGGUCAGCGCAUGGCUUUGAAUGUUUACCAGAUUGAAAGCGGAACAGCAGUGCUGAAGUGGUCUGAUUCAGGAAAUAAGGGAAACCGAUGGAUUGAAGGACAGGUUGACCUUGACCUGUCUGGAGGUUCUCAGAUCCUCCUGGAGGCGGUCCGUGGCCAAGACUACCGGAGCGAUGUUGCUGUGGAUGACAUUUCCUUUCACGUAGGAUGCUGUGGAGAGGGUUGUGGAACGACAACAACUACGAGCACCUCAACUACAGCCAGUACCACAACGCCCGCCCUUACAGAGUCUUCCUGCAUAGUACAAGGAGAUCCUCACUAUAUGACCUUUGAUGGCCAAGCUCACGACUUUAUGGGAACGUGCACGUACACCUUAUCAAAACUGUGCAGUACCAACAGCAGUCUGCCCUAUUUCAAAGUUGAAGCUGCAAAUGAGCACAGAGGCGGAAACCCGUACGUGUCUUACGUGAGACAAGUCAACGUUGAGGUUUCCAAUCACAGAAUCACGCUCGGGAAGGGGCGUGUGGUAAAGGUUGAUGGGGAGGAGGCAGUGCUACCUGUUGCAGUCAGCCCGGGUGUUGUUGUCACUCUGUCUGGGCAGUACGUCGUCAUUGCCACUAGUUUUGGAUUGCGAGUGAAGUUUAAUGGCAGGCAUCGAGCUGAGGUGACUCUCCCGAGUCUCUUCAAAGGCAAGGUGUGUGGAAUGUGUGGGAACUAUAAUGAAGACAGAAGGGAUGAUUUUCUGAAUCCAGAUGGAAUAAUGGAACCUGAUUCAGUCAGCUUGGGCAACAGCUGGCAGUCUGGAAAUGACACAAGGUGUACUCCUGAUGUUGGCAUCAGACCAAAUUGCAGUAAGGAUGAAAAGCGUAUCAUCGAAAGUGCAUAUUACUGUGGGAUAAUCAAGGAUGCAGACGGUCCUUUCAAAGGGUGCCAUUCGAGAGUCGACCCGGAAGCUUAUUUUGCUGACUGUGUGUACGACCUUUGUGCGUUAGGCAUGGAGCAGGAGGCUCUGUGCAGCAGUUUGGAGUCGUACGGAGAUGCAUGCCAGUCAGAGGGAGCGAGUGUGGAUCCCUGGAGGAAUGAGAGCUUCUGCCCUGUAAAGUGUGGAGCGAAUAGCCAUUAUGAGCAGUGCGGCUCAGCUUGCCCAGCCACCUGUGUGAGUCCGAGUGCUCCAUCGCGCUGCUUGCAACCUUGCGUGGAAGGCUGUGUGUGUGACAGUGGUUACCUUCUCUACAAUGACCGAUGUGUGCCAGAGGAUAAGUGUGGUUGCUGGUAUGAAGGAAAGCACUACCCAGUGGGCUCUGAACUCUGGACAGAUGAUACCUGCUCAAGAAAAUGUAGAUGUCCUUCUGCAGGCAGUAAUAUGGUGUGCAGGGAUUCAACGUGUUCUACAGGUUCAUACUGUGGAGUUGUAAACGGCGUCCCCGGUUGCUACCCAUACACGUACGGUAUCUGCAGAGUGCAUAAUGAUCCGCAUUACAACACCUUUGACAAAGCCACCCUCCACUUUAUGGGCAGCUGUACGUACACAAUCGCCAAGUCGUGUGGAAAUUCCUCCUCCCUUCCGUACUUCAACAUUGAAACAAAGAAUGAAAAUCGUGGCAACGCAAGAGUAUCUUACGUUCAGAAAGUUCAUGUAACUGUUCACGGCCACAGUGUUUGGAUUGUGAAGCGGGAACGUCGGCGGGUGUUGGUUGAUGACGUGUGGGAGACCUUACCUGUUGGGCGUGGCGAAGGUGGCCUGAGUGUGAGAAGGAGCGGAAGAUACGUGGUGCUGACAACUGAUUUCGGCCUGUACGUUUCUUACGACACUGAUCAUUCCGUGGAAGUGAAGGUGCCCAGUACGUACUUUAAUCGGGUUUGUGGUAUGUGCGGUAACUACAAUGGAAUACGGCAGGAUGACUACAUGAAAGCUGAUGGAACGCAAGCUAAGGAUGACAACGAACUGGGAAAUAGCUGGAAGGUGCCACCUGACGAGCCAGGUUGCGACCCCGUCGAGCCAGAAGAGUGUAAGCCCGCAGAUGAGGAGCGCUAUCGAGGUGAUGAUUUCUGUGGUCUGAUCACCAGUCAACAGGGGCCAUUUGUAAACUGCCACUCUGUGAUCAACACCAAUGGUUUCUUUGAAAGUUGUGUUGUUGAACUGUGCUUGACCGGAGGAGACGAAGGAGCUCUGUGUAAUGCCCUGCAGAUCUACUCAGAUGCCUGCCAGAGAGCAGGAGUGACCAUUGUGCCAUGGAGGAACUCGACUUUCUGUGGUAUGGUGUGUGAAGCCAACAGCCAUUAUAACGCAUGCGCUAGCGCUUGUCCAGCCACUUGCACUGACCGCUUUGCUUCGGGGAACUGCAGUGAGCCUUGUGUGGAGGACUGUGAGUGUAACCAUGGCUUUGUCCUGAGUGGAAGCUCGUGCGUGUCUGUGGAGAACUGUGGUUGCACGCACAAGAACAAAUACUACGAGAAAGGUGCAAUGUUCUGGGAAGACGGAUGUCGAGAAAGGUGCCGCUGCACUGGCAAUGACCGAAUCGUGUGCGAGCCAGCAACUUGUGGACCGGGAGAAAUCUGCAAAGUGCAGGGUGGCAAUUUGGGAUGUUACGGCGCUGACACUGCCAUUUGCCACAUCUAUGGCGACCCGCACUACACAACAUUUGAUGGGAAGCUGUACCAUUUCCAGGGUGCCUGCAAUUACACGGUGACCGAGACUUGUGGAAAUACAUCUGUCCAAUUUUCUGUGACGAGUAGGAAUGAGCACCGAGGUAGUCCGAGCUGGACUGCCAUUAACUCGGUGAGCGUGCGCCUGCACAACCUCCACAUUGCAUUGCGGAAAAAUAGGGACGUUUAUGUGGAUGGAGUGAGGGUGUAUCUCCCUGUGACACCCAUUGCUUCGGUAAGACUGUCGCUGCUAGGGUCAUAUGUUGUGCUCCAGACCGACUUUGGUCUUCAGGUGAAGUUUGACGGAGAUCAUCAACUGGUGGUAGUUGUGGACGAGAGAUACAAAGGACAGCUGUGUGGCUUGUGUGGAACCUACACCAAUGACCAACUGGAUGACUUCCUGAAACCUGAUGGAAUACUAGCCUUGGAUUCAAACCAAUUUGGGAACAGUUGGACAGUUACUGACGAUGACUGGCCGUGUAACCAAACAGCUCCACUUCCACCUCCAUGCGAGCCAGCAGCAAGCGAAGAGGCAGAGAGAUACUGUAAAAUAGUCUUGGCUAACCCUGGUCCAUUUGAAGAGUGCCACUGGCAUAUCCCACCUCAACUCUACUUUGAGAGCUGCGUCUACGAUCAUUGUGUGACUGGCGGAGACUCUGUUCAGAUGUGCAACAUGCUGGAGUCUUAUGCUUCAGCUUGUGAAGCAGCUGGUGUUGCGCUGGGAGACUGGAGGCAGCAGAGUGGCUGUCCUCAGAAAAGUUGUCCACUGGAUUGUAACUUUGACAAAGACCUGUGCCAUUGGGCCCAAUCCAAGAGCGAUACGUUGGACUGGACACGCAACAGAGGGCCGACACCAUCAUAUAACACAGGACCAAGUUUUGACCACACCACAGCAGGUGGUUACUACAUCUACAUUGAAGGCAACGAUGGCCAACCAGGAGACCGAGCCCAUCUGGUCAGUGUUCCAUGUGCGGAGAGAGGAGCUCACUGCAUGCGAUUCUGGUACCACAUGUAUGGAGUAGGUCAGCGCAUGGCUUUGAAUGUUUACCAGAUUGAAAGCGGAACAGCAGUGCUGAAGUGGUCUGAUUCAGGAAAUAAGGGAAACCGAUGGAUUGAAGGACAGGUUGACCUUGACCUGUCUGGAGGUUCUCAGAUCCUCCUGGAGGCGGUCCGUGGCCAAGACUACCGGAGCGAUGUUGCUGUGGAUGACAUUUCCUUUCACGUAGGAUGCUGUGGAGAGGGUUGUGGAACGACAACAACUACGAGCACCUCAACUACAGCCAGUACCACAACGCCCGCCCUUACAGAGUCUUCCUGCAUAGUACAAGGAGAUCCUCACUAUAUGACCUUUGAUGGCCAAGCUCACGACUUUAUGGGAACGUGCACGUACACCUUAUCAAAACUGUGCAGUACCAACAGCAGUCUGCCCUAUUUCAAAGUUGAAGCUGCAAAUGAGCACAGAGGCGGUAACCCGUACGUGUCUUACGUGAGACAAGUCAACGUUGAGGUUUCCAAUCACAGAAUCACGCUCGGGAAGGGGCGUGUGGUAAAGGUUGAUGGGGAAGAGGCAGUGCUACCUGUUGCAGUCAGCCCGGGUGUUGUUGUCACUCUGUCUGGGCAGUACGUCGUCAUUGCCACUAGUUUUGGAUUGCGAGUGAAGUUUAAUGGCAGGCAUCGAGCUGAGGUGACUCUCCCGAGUCUCUUCAAAGGCAAGGUGUGUGGAAUGUGUGGAAACUAUAAUGAAGACAGAAGGGAUGAUUUUCUGAAUCCAGAUGGAAUAAUGGAACCUGAUUCAGUCAGCUUGGGCAACAGCUGGCAGUCUGGAAAUGACACAAGGUGUACUCCUGAUGUUGGCAUCAGACCAAAUUGCAGUAAGGAUGAAAAGCGUAUCAUCGAAAGUGAAUAUUACUGUGGGAUAAUCAAGGAUGCAGACGGUCCUUUCAAAGGGUGCCAUUCGAGAGUCGACCCGGAAGCUUAUUUUGCUGACUGUGUGUACGACCUUUGUGCGUUAGGCAUGGAGCAGGAGGCUCUGUGCAGCAGUUUGGAGUCGUACGGAGAUGCAUGCCAGUCAGAGGGAGCGAGUGUGGAUCCCUGGAGGAAUGAGAGCUUCUGCCCUGUAAAGUGUGGAGCGAAUAGCCAUCAUGAGCAGUGCGGCUCAGCUUGCCCAGCCACCUGUGUGAGUCCGAGUGCUCCAUCGCGCUGCUUGCAACCUUGCGUGGAAGGCUGUGUGUGUGACAGUGGUUACCUUCUCUACAAUGACCGAUGUGUGCCAGAGGAUAAGUGUGGUUGCUGGUAUGAAGGAAAGCACUACCCAGUGGGCUCUGAACUCUGGACAGAUGAUACCUGCUCAAGAAAAUGUAGAUGUCCUUCUGCAGGCAGUAAUAUGGUGUGCAGGGAUUCAACGUGUUCUACAGGUUCAUACUGUGGAGUUGUAAACGGCGUCCCCGGUUGCUACCCAUACACGUACGGUAUCUGCAGAGUGCAUAAUGAUCCGCAUUACAACACCUUUGACAAAGCCACCCUCCACUUUAUGGGCAGCUGUACGUACACAAUCGCCAAGUCGUGUGGAAAUUCCUCCUCCCUUCCGUACUUCAACAUUGAAACAAAGAAUGAAAAUCGUGGCAACGCAAGAGUAUCUUACGUUCAGAAAGUUCAUGUAACUGUUCACGGCCACAGUGUUUGGAUUGUGAAGCGGGAACGUCGGCGGGUGUUGGUUGAUGACGUGUGGGAGACCUUACCUGUUGGGCGUGGCGAAGGUGGCCUGAGUGUGAGAAGGAGCGGAAGAUACGUGGUGCUGACAACUGAUUUCGGCCUGUACGUUUCUUACGACACUGAUCAUUCCGUGGAAGUGAAGGUGCCCAGUACGUACUUUAAUCGGGUUUGUGGUAUGUGCGGUAACUACAAUGGAAUACGGCAGGAUGACUACAUGAAAGCUGAUGGAACGCAAGCUAAGGAUGACAACGAACUGGGAAAUAGCUGGAAGGUGCCACCUGACGAGCCAGGUUGCGACCCCGUCGAGCCAGAAGAGUGUAAGCCCGCAGAUGAGGAGCGCUAUCGAGGUGAUGAUUUCUGUGGUCUGAUCACCAGUCAACAGGGGCCAUUUGUAAACUGCCACUCUGUGAUCAACACCAAUGGUUUCUUUGAAAGUUGUGUUGUUGAACUGUGCUUGACCGGAGGAGACGAAGGAGCUCUGUGUAAUGCCCUGCAGAUCUACUCAGAUGCCUGCCAGAGAGCAGGAGUGACCAUUGUGCCAUGGAGGAACUCGACUUUCUGUGGUAUGGUGUGUGAAGCCAACAGCCAUUAUAACGCAUGCGCUAGCGCUUGUCCAGCCACUUGCACUGACCGCUUUGCUUCGGGGAACUGCAGUGAGCCUUGUGUGGAGGACUGUGAGUGUAACCAUGGCUUUGUCCUGAGUGGAAGCUCGUGCGUGUCUGUGGAGAACUGUGGUUGCACGCACAAGAACAAAUACUACGAGAAAGGUGCAAUGUUCUGGGAAGACGGAUGUCGAGAAAGGUGCCGCUGCACUGGCAAUGACCGAAUCGUGUGCGAGCCAGCAACUUGUGGACCGGGAGAAAUCUGCAAAGUGCAGGGUGGCAAUUUGGGAUGUUACGGCGCUGACACUGCCAUUUGCCACAUCUAUGGCGACCCGCACUACACAACAUUUGAUGGGAAGCUGUACCAUUUCCAGGGUGCCUGCAAUUACACGGUGACCGAGACUUGUGGAAAUACAUCUGUCCAAUUUUCUGUGACGAGUAGGAAUGAGCACCGAGGUAGUCCGAGCUGGACUGCCAUUAACUCGGUGAGCGUGCGCCUGCACAACCUCCACAUUGCAUUGCGGAAAAAUAGGGACGUUUAUGUGGAUGGAGUGAGGGUGUAUCUCCCUGUGACACCCAUUGCUUCGGUAAGACUGUCGCUGGUAGGGUCAUAUGUUGUGCUCCAGACCGACUUUGGUCUUCAGGUGAAGUUUGACGGAGAUCAUCAACUGGUGGUAGUUGUGGACGAGAGAUACAAAGGACAGCUGUGUGGCUUGUGUGGAACCUACACCAAUGACCAACUGGAUGACUUCCUGAAACCUGAUGGAAUACUAGCCUUGGAUUCAAACCAAUUUGGGAACAGUUGGACAGUUACUGACGAUGACUGGCCGUGUAACCAAACAGCUCCACUUCCACCUCCAUGCGAGCCAGCAGCAAGCGAAGAGGCAGAGAGAUACUGUAAAAUAGUCUUGGCUAACCCUGGUCCAUUUGAAGAGUGCCACUGGCAUAUCCCACCUCAACUCUACUUUGAGAGCUGCGUCUACGAUCAUUGUGUGACUGGCGGAGACUCUGUUCAGAUGUGCAACAUGCUGGAGUCUUAUGCUUCAGCUUGUGAAGCAGCUGGUGUUGCGCUGGGAGACUGGAGGCAGCAGAGUGGCUGUCCUCAGAAAAGUUGUCCACUGGAUUGUAACUUUGACAAAGACCUGUGCCAUUGGGCCCAAUCCAAGAGCGAUACGUUGGACUGGACACGCAACAGAGGGCCGACACCAUCAUAUAACACAGGACCAAGUUUUGACCACACCACAGCAGGUGGUUACUACAUCUACAUUGAAGGCAACGAUGGCCAACCAGGAGACCGAGCCCAUCUGGUCAGUGUUCCAUGUGCGGAGAGAGGAGCUCACUGCAUGCGAUUCUGGUACCACAUGUAUGGAGUAGGUCAGCGCAUGGCUUUGAAUGUUUACCAGAUUGAAAGCGGAACAGCAGUGCUGAAGUGGUCUGAUUCAGGAAAUAAGGGAAACCGAUGGAUUGAAGGACAGGUUGACCUUGACCUGUCUGGAGGUUCUCAGAUCCUCCUGGAGGCGGUCCGUGGCCAAGACUACCGGAGCGAUGUUGCUGUGGAUGACAUUUCCUUUCACGUAGGAUGCUGUGGAGAGGGUUGUGGAACGACAACAACUACGAGCACCUCAACUACAGCCAGUACCACAACGCCCGCCCUUACAGAGUCUUCCUGCAUAGUACAAGGAGAUCCUCACUAUAUGACCUUUGAUGGCCAAGCUCACGACUUUAUGGGAACGUGCACGUACACCUUAUCAAAACUGUGCAGUACCAACAGCAGUCUGCCCUAUUUCAAAGUUGAAGCUGCAAAUGAGCACAGAGGCGGUAACCCGUACGUGUCUUACGUGAGACAAGUCAACGUUGAGGUUUCCAAUCACAGAAUCACGCUCGGGAAGGGGCGUGUGGUAAAGGUUGAUGGGGAAGAGGCAGUGCUACCUGUUGCAGUCAGCCCGGGUGUUGUUGUCACUCUGUCUGGGCAGUACGUCGUCAUUGCCACUAGUUUUGGAUUGCGAGUGAAGUUUAAUGGCAGGCAUCGAGCUGAGGUGACUCUCCCGAGUCUCUUCAAAGGCAAGGUGUGUGGAAUGUGUGGAAACUAUAAUGAAGACAGAAGGGAUGAUUUUCUGAAUCCAGAUGGAAUAAUGGAACCUGAUUCAGUCAGCUUGGGCAACAGCUGGCAGUCUGGAAAUGACACAAGGUGUACUCCUGAUGUUGGCAUCAGACCAAAUUGCAGUAAGGAUGAAAAGCGUAUCAUCGAAAGUGAAUAUUACUGUGGGAUAAUCAAGGAUGCAGACGGUCCUUUCAAAGGGUGCCAUUCGAGAGUCGACCCGGAAGCUUAUUUUGCUGACUGUGUGUACGACCUUUGUGCGUUAGGCAUGGAGCAGGAGGCUCUGUGCAGCAGUUUGGAGUCGUACGGAGAUGCAUGCCAGUCAGAGGGAGCGAGUGUGGAUCCCUGGAGGAAUGAGAGCUUCUGCCCUGUAAAGUGUGGAGCGAAUAGCCAUCAUGAGCAGUGCGGCUCAGCUUGCCCAGCCACCUGUGUGAGUCCGAGUGCUCCAUCGCGCUGCUUGCAACCUUGCGUGGAAGGCUGUGUGUGUGACAGUGGUUACCUUCUCUACAAUGACCGAUGUGUGCCAGAGGAUAAGUGUGGUUGCUGGUAUGAAGGAAAGCACUACCCAGUGGGCUCUGAACUCUGGACAGAUGAUACCUGCUCAAGAAAAUGUAGAUGUCCUUCUGCAGGCAGUAAUAUGGUGUGCAGGGAUUCAACGUGUUCUACAGGUUCAUACUGUGGAGUUGUAAACGGCGUCCCCGGUUGCUACCCAUACACGUACGGUAUCUGCAGAGUGCAUAAUGAUCCGCAUUACAACACCUUUGACAAAGCCACCCUCCACUUUAUGGGCAGCUGUACGUACACAAUCGCCAAGUCGUGUGGAAAUUCCUCCUCCCUUCCGUACUUCAACAUUGAAACAAAGAAUGAAAAUCGUGGCAACGCAAGAGUAUCUUACGUUCAGAAAGUUCAUGUAACUGUUCACGGCCACAGUGUUUGGAUUGUGAAGCGGGAACGUCGGCGGGUGUUGGUUGAUGACGUGUGGGAGACCUUACCUGUUGGGCGUGGCGAAGGUGGCCUGAGUGUGAGAAGGAGCGGAAGAUACGUGGUGCUGACAACUGAUUUCGGCCUGUACGUUUCUUACGACACUGAUCAUUCCGUGGAAGUGAAGGUGCCCAGUACGUACUUUAAUCGGGUUUGUGGUAUGUGCGGUAACUACAAUGGAAUACGGCAGGAUGACUACAUGAAAGCUGAUGGAACGCAAGCUAAGGAUGACAACGAACUGGGAAAUAGCUGGAAGGUGCCACCUGACGAGCCAGGUUGCGACCCCGUCGAGCCAGAAGAGUGUAAGCCCGCAGAUGAGGAGCGCUAUCGAGGUGAUGAUUUCUGUGGUCUGAUCACCAGUCAACAGGGGCCAUUUGUAAACUGCCACUCUGUGAUCAACACCAAUGGUUUCUUUGAAAGUUGUGUUGUUGAACUGUGCUUGACCGGAGGAGACGAAGGAGCUCUGUGUAAUGCCCUGCAGAUCUACUCAGAUGCCUGCCAGAGAGCAGGAGUGACCAUUGUGCCAUGGAGGAACUCGACUUUCUGUGGUAUGGUGUGUGAAGCCAACAGCCAUUAUAACGCAUGCGCUAGCGCUUGUCCAGCCACUUGCACUGACCGCUUUGCUUCGGGGAACUGCAGUGAGCCUUGUGUGGAGGACUGUGAGUGUAACCAUGGCUUUGUCCUGAGUGGAAGCUCGUGCGUGUCUGUGGAGAACUGUGGUUGCACGCACAAGAACAAAUACUACGAGAAAGGUGCAAUGUUCUGGGAAGACGGAUGUCGAGAAAGGUGCCGCUGCACUGGCAAUGACCGAAUCGUGUGCGAGCCAGCAACUUGUGGACCGGGAGAAAUCUGCAAAGUGCAGGGUGGCAAUUUGGGAUGUUACGGCGCUGACACUGCCAUUUGCCACAUCUAUGGCGACCCGCACUACACAACAUUUGAUGGGAAGCUGUACCAUUUCCAGGGUGCCUGCAAUUACACGGUGACCGAGACUUGUGGAAAUACAUCUGUCCAAUUUUCUGUGACGAGUAGGAAUGAGCACCGAGGUAGUCCGAGCUGGACUGCCAUUAACUCGGUGAGCGUGCGCCUGCACAACCUCCACAUUGCAUUGCGGAAAAAUAGGGACGUUUAUGUGGAUGGAGUGAGGGUGUAUCUCCCUGUGACACCCAUUGCUUCGGUAAGACUGUCGCUGCUAGGGUCAUAUGUUGUGCUCCAGACCGACUUUGGUCUUCAGGUGAAGUUUGACGGAGAUCAUCAACUGGUGGUAGUUGUGGACGAGAGAUACAAAGGACAGCUGUGUGGCUUGUGUGGAACCUACACCAAUGACCAACUGGAUGACUUCCUGAAACCUGAUGGAAUACUAGCCUUGGAUUCAAACCAAUUUGGGAACAGUUGGACAGUUACUGACGAUGACUGGCCGUGUAACCAAACAGCUCCACUUCCACCUCCAUGCGAGCCAGCAGCAAGCGAAGAGGCAGAGAGAUACUGUAAAAUAGUCUUGGCUAACCCUGGUCCAUUUGAAGAGUGCCACUGGCAUAUCCCACCUCAACUCUACUUUGAGAGCUGCGUCUACGAUCAUUGUGUGACUGGCGGAGACUCUGUUCAGAUGUGCAACAUGCUGGAGUCUUAUGCUUCAGCUUGUGAAGCAGCUGGUGUUGCGCUGGGAGACUGGAGGCAGCAGAGUGGCUGUCCUCAGAAAAGUUGUCCACUGGAUUGUAACUUUGACAAAGACCUGUGCCAUUGGGCCCAAUCCAAGAGCGAUACGUUGGACUGGACACGCAACAGAGGGCCGACACCAUCAUAUAACACAGGACCAAGUUUUGACCACACCACAGCAGGUGGUUACUACAUCUACAUUGAAGGCAACGAUGGCCAACCAGGAGACCGAGCCCAUCUGGUCAGUGUUCCAUGUGCGGAGAGAGGAGCUCACUGCAUGCGAUUCUGGUACCACAUGUAUGGAGUAGGUCAGCGCAUGGCUUUGAAUGUUUACCAGAUUGAAAGCGGAACAGCAGUGCUGAAGUGGUCUGAUUCAGGAAAUAAGGGAAACCGAUGGAUUGAAGGACAGGUUGACCUUGACCUGUCUGGAGGUUCUCAGAUCCUCCUGGAGGCGGUCCGUGGCCAAGACUACCGGAGCGAUGUUGCUGUGGAUGACAUUUCCUUUCACGUAGGAUGCUGUGGAGAGGGUUGUGGAACGACAACAACUACGAGCACCUCAACUACAGCCAGUACCACAACGCCCGCCCUUACAGAGUCUUCCUGCAUAGUACAAGGAGAUCCUCACUAUAUGACCUUUGAUGGCCAAGCUCACGACUUUAUGGGAACGUGCACGUACACCUUAUCAAAACUGUGCAGUACCAACAGCAGUCUGCCCUAUUUCAAAGUUGAAGCUGCAAAUGAGCACAGAGGCGGUAACCCGUACGUGUCUUACGUGAGACAAGUCAACGUUGAGGUUUCCAAUCACAGAAUCACGCUCGGGAAGGGGCGUGUGGUAAAGGUUGAUGGGGAGGAGGCAGUGCUACCUGUUGCAGUCAGCCCGGGUGUUGUUGUCACUCUGUCUGGGCAGUACGUCGUCAUUGCCACUAGUUUUGGAUUGCGAGUGAAGUUUAAUGGCAGGCAUCGAGCUGAGGUGACUCUCCCGAGUCUCUUCAAAGGCAAGGUGUGUGGAAUGUGUGGAAACUAUAAUGAAGACAGAAGGGAUGAUUUUCUGAAUCCAGAUGGAAUAAUGGAACCUGAUUCAGUCAGCUUGGGCAACAGCUGGCAGUCUGGAAAUGACACAAGGUGUACUCCUGAUGUUGGCAUCAGACCAAAUUGCAGUAAGGAUGAAAAGCGUAUCAUCGAAAGUGAAUAUUACUGUGGGAUAAUCAAGGAUGCAGACGGUCCUUUCAAAGGGUGCCAUUCGAGAGUCGACCCGGAAGCUUAUUUUGCUGACUGUGUGUACGACCUUUGUGCGUUAGGCAUGGAGCAGGAGGCUCUGUGCAGCAGUUUGGAGUCGUACGGAGAUGCAUGCCAGUCAGAGGGAGCGAGUGUGGAUCCCUGGAGGAAUGAGAGCUUCUGCCCUGUAAAGUGUGGAGCGAAUAGCCAUUAUGAGCAGUGCGGCUCAGCUUGCCCAGCCACCUGUGUGAGUCCGAGUGCUCCAUCGCGCUGCUUGCAACCUUGCGUGGAAGGCUGUGUGUGUGACAGUGGUUACCUUCUCUACAAUGACCGAUGUGUGCCAGAGGAUAAGUGUGGUUGCUGGUAUGAAGGAAAGCACUACCCAGUGGGCUCUGAACUCUGGACAGAUGAUACCUGCUCAAGAAAAUGUAGAUGUCCUUCUGCAGGCAGUAAUAUGGUGUGCAGGGAUUCAACGUGUUCUACAGGUUCAUACUGUGGAGUUGUAAACGGCGUCCCCGGUUGCUACCCAUACACGUACGGUAUCUGCAGAGUGCAUAAUGAUCCGCAUUACAACACCUUUGACAAAGCCACCCUCCACUUUAUGGGCAGCUGUACGUACACAAUCGCCAAGUCGUGUGGAAAUUCCUCCUCCCUUCCGUACUUCAACAUUGAAACAAAGAAUGAAAAUCGUGGCAACGCAAGAGUAUCUUACGUUCAGAAAGUUCAUGUAACUGUUCACGGCCACAGUGUUUGGAUUGUGAAGCGGGAACGUCGGCGGGUGUUGGUUGAUGACGUGUGGGAGACCUUACCUGUUGGGCGUGGCGAAGGUGGCCUGAGUGUGAGAAGGAGCGGAAGAUACGUGGUGCUGACAACUGAUUUCGGCCUGUACGUUUCUUACGACACUGAUCAUUCCGUGGAAGUGAAGGUGCCCAGUACGUACUUUAAUCGGGUUUGUGGUAUGUGCGGUAACUACAAUGGAAUACGGCAGGAUGACUACAUGAAAGCUGAUGGAACGCAAGCUAAGGAUGACAACGAACUGGGAAAUAGCUGGAAGGUGCCACCUGACGAGCCAGGUUGCGACCCCGUCGAGCCAGAAGAGUGUAAGCCCGCAGAUGAGGAGCGCUAUCGAGGUGAUGAUUUCUGUGGUCUGAUCACCAGUCAACAGGGGCCAUUUGUAAACUGCCACUCUGUGAUCAACACCAAUGGUUUCUUUGAAAGUUGUGUUGUUGAACUGUGCUUGACCGGAGGAGACGAAGGAGCUCUGUGUAAUGCCCUGCAGAUCUACUCAGAUGCCUGCCAGAGAGCAGGAGUGACCAUUGUGCCAUGGAGGAACUCGACUUUCUGUGGUAUGGUGUGUGAAGCCAACAGCCAUUAUAACGCAUGCGCUAGCGCUUGUCCAGCCACUUGCACUGACCGCUUUGCUUCGGGGAACUGCAGUGAGCCUUGUGUGGAGGACUGUGAGUGUAACCAUGGCUUUGUCCUGAGUGGAAGCUCGUGCGUGUCUGUGGAGAACUGUGGUUGCACGCACAAGAACAAAUACUACGAGAAAGGUGCAAUGUUCUGGGAAGACGGAUGUCGAGAAAGGUGCCGCUGCACUGGCAAUGACCGAAUCGUGUGCGAGCCAGCAACUUGUGGACCGGGAGAAAUCUGCAAAGUGCAGGGUGGCAAUUUGGGAUGUUACGGCGCUGACACUGCCAUUUGCCACAUCUAUGGCGACCCGCACUACACAACAUUUGAUGGGAAGCUGUACCAUUUCCAGGGUGCCUGCAAUUACACGGUGACCGAGACUUGUGGAAAUACAUCUGUCCAAUUUUCUGUGACGAGUAGGAAUGAGCACCGAGGUAGUCCGAGCUGGACUGCCAUUAACUCGGUGAGCGUGCGCCUGCACAACCUCCACAUUGCAUUGCGGAAAAAUAGGGACGUUUAUGUGGAUGGAGUGAGGGUGUAUCUCCCUGUGACACCCAUUGCUUCGGUAAGACUGUCGCUGGUAGGGUCAUAUGUUGUGCUCCAGACCGACUUUGGUCUUCAGGUGAAGUUUGACGGAGAUCAUCAACUGGUGGUAGUUGUGGACGAGAGAUACAAAGGACAGCUGUGUGGCUUGUGUGGAACCUACACCAAUGACCAACUGGAUGACUUCCUGAAACCUGAUGGAAUACUAGCCUUGGAUUCAAACCAAUUUGGGAACAGUUGGACAGUUACUGACGAUGACUGGCCGUGUAACCAAACAGCUCCACUUCCACCUCCAUGCGAGCCAGCAGCAAGCGAAGAGGCAGAGAGAUACUGUAAAAUAGUCUUGGCUAACCCUGGUCCAUUUGAAGAGUGCCACUGGCAUAUCCCACCUCAACUCUACUUUGAGAGCUGCGUCUACGAUCAUUGUGUGACUGGCGGAGACUCUGUUCAGAUGUGCAACAUGCUGGAGUCUUAUGCUUCAGCUUGUGAAGCAGCUGGUGUUGCGCUGGGAGACUGGAGGCAGCAGAGUGGCUGUCCUCAGAAAAGUUGUCCACUGGAUUGUAACUUUGACAAAGACCUGUGCCAUUGGGCCCAAUCCAAGAGCGAUACGUUGGACUGGACACGCAACAGAGGGCCGACACCAUCAUAUAACACAGGACCAAGUUUUGACCACACCACAGCAGGUGGUUACUACAUCUACAUUGAAGGCAACGAUGGCCAACCAGGAGACCGAGCCCAUCUGGUCAGUGUUCCAUGUGCGGAGAGAGGAGCUCACUGCAUGCGAUUCUGGUACCACAUGUAUGGAGUAGGUCAGCGCAUGGCUUUGAAUGUUUACCAGAUUGAAAGCGGAACAGCAGUGCUGAAGUGGUCUGAUUCAGGAAAUAAGGGAAACCGAUGGAUUGAAGGACAGGUUGACCUUGACCUGUCUGGAGGUUCUCAGAUCCUCCUGGAGGCGGUCCGUGGCCAAGACUACCGGAGCGAUGUUGCUGUGGAUGACAUUUCCUUUCACGUAGGAUGCUGUGGAGAGGGUUGUGGAACGACAACAACUACGAGCACCUCAACUACAGCCAGUACCACAACGCCCGCCCUUACAGAGUCUUCCUGCAUAGUACAAGGAGAUCCUCACUAUAUGACCUUUGAUGGCCAAGCUCACGACUUUAUGGGAACGUGCACGUACACCUUAUCAAAACUGUGCAGUACCAACAGCAGUCUGCCCUAUUUCAAAGUUGAAGCUGCAAAUGAGCACAGAGGCGGUAACCCGUACGUGUCUUACGUGAGACAAGUCAACGUUGAGGUUUCCAAUCACAGAAUCACGCUCGGGAAGGGGCGUGUGGUAAAGGUUGAUGGGGAAGAGGCAGUGCUACCUGUUGCAGUCAGCCCGGGUGUUGUUGUCACUCUGUCUGGGCAGUACGUCGUCAUUGCCACUAGUUUUGGAUUGCGAGUGAAGUUUAAUGGCAGGCAUCGAGCUGAGGUGACUCUCCCGAGUCUCUUCAAAGGCAAGGUGUGUGGAAUGUGUGGAAACUAUAAUGAAGACAGAAGGGAUGAUUUUCUGAAUCCAGAUGGAAUAAUGGAACCUGAUUCAGUCAGCUUGGGCAACAGCUGGCAGUCUGGAAAUGACACAAGGUGUACUCCUGAUGUUGGCAUCAGACCAAAUUGCAGUAAGGAUGAAAAGCGUAUCAUCGAAAGUGAAUAUUACUGUGGGAUAAUCAAGGAUGCAGACGGUCCUUUCAAAGGGUGCCAUUCGAGAGUCGACCCGGAAGCUUAUUUUGCUGACUGUGUGUACGACCUUUGUGCGUUAGGCAUGGAGCAGGAGGCUCUGUGCAGCAGUUUGGAGUCGUACGGAGAUGCAUGCCAGUCAGAGGGAGCGAGUGUGGAUCCCUGGAGGAAUGAGAGCUUCUGCCCUGUAAAGUGUGGAGCGAAUAGCCAUUAUGAGCAGUGCGGCUCAGCUUGCCCAGCCACCUGUGUGAGUCCGAGUGCUCCAUCGCGCUGCUUGCAACCUUGCGUGGAAGGCUGUGUGUGUGACAGUGGUUACCUUCUCUACAAUGACCGAUGUGUGCCAGAGGAUAAGUGUGGUUGCUGGUAUGAAGGAAAGCACUACCCAGUGGGCUCUGAACUCUGGACAGAUGAUACCUGCUCAAGAAAAUGUAGAUGUCCUUCUGCAGGCAGUAAUAUGGUGUGCAGGGAUUCAACGUGUUCUACAGGUUCAUACUGUGGAGUUGUAAACGGCGUCCCCGGUUGCUACCCAUACACGUACGGUAUCUGCAGAGUGCAUAAUGAUCCGCAUUACAACACCUUUGACAAAGCCACCCUCCACUUUAUGGGCAGCUGUACGUACACAAUCGCCAAGUCGUGUGGAAAUUCCUCCUCCCUUCCGUACUUCAACAUUGAAACAAAGAAUGAAAAUCGUGGCAACGCAAGAGUAUCUUACGUUCAGAAAGUUCAUGUAACUGUUCACGGCCACAGUGUUUGGAUUGUGAAGCGGGAACGUCGGCGGGUGUUGGUUGAUGACGUGUGGGAGACCUUACCUGUUGGGCGUGGCGAAGGUGGCCUGAGUGUGAGAAGGAGCGGAAGAUACGUGGUGCUGACAACUGAUUUCGGCCUGUACGUUUCUUACGACACUGAUCAUUCCGUGGAAGUGAAGGUGCCCAGUACGUACUUUAAUCGGGUUUGUGGUAUGUGCGGUAACUACAAUGGAAUACGGCAGGAUGACUACAUGAAAGCUGAUGGAACGCAAGCUAAGGAUGACAACGAACUGGGAAAUAGCUGGAAGGUGCCACCUGACGAGCCAGGUUGCGACCCCGUCGAGCCAGAAGAGUGUAAGCCCGCAGAUGAGGAGCGCUAUCGAGGUGAUGAUUUCUGUGGUCUGAUCACCAGUCAACAGGGGCCAUUUGUAAACUGCCACUCUGUGAUCAACACCAAUGGUUUCUUUGAAAGUUGUGUUGUUGAACUGUGCUUGACCGGAGGAGACGAAGGAGCACUGUGUAAUGCCCUGCAGAUCUACUCAGAUGCCUGCCAGAGAGCAGGAGUGACCAUUGUGCCAUGGAGGAACUCGACUUUCUGUGGUAUGGUGUGUGAAGCCAACAGCCAUUAUAACGCAUGCGCUAGCGCUUGUCCAGCCACUUGCACUGACCGCUUUGCUUCGGGGAACUGCAGUGAGCCUUGUGUGGAGGACUGUGAGUGUAACCAUGGCUUUGUCCUGAGUGGAAGCUCGUGCGUGUCUGUGGAGAACUGUGGUUGCACGCACAAGAACAAAUACUACGAGAAAGGUGCAAUGUUCUGGGAAGACGGAUGUCGAGAAAGGUGCCGCUGCACUGGCAAUGACCGAAUCGUGUGCGAGCCAGCAACUUGUGGACCGGGAGAAAUCUGCAAAGUGCAGGGUGGCAAUUUGGGAUGUUACGGCGCUGACACUGCCAUUUGCCACAUCUAUGGCGACCCGCACUACACAACAUUUGAUGGGAAGCUGUACCAUUUCCAGGGUGCCUGCAAUUACACGGUGACCGAGACUUGUGGAAAUACAUCUGUCCAAUUUUCUGUGACGAGUAGGAAUGAGCACCGAGGUAGUCCGAGCUGGACUGCCAUUAACUCGGUGAGCGUGCGCCUGCACAACCUCCACAUUGCAUUGCGGAAAAAUAGGGACGUUUAUGUGGAUGGAGUGAGGGUGUAUCUCCCUGUGACACCCAUUGCUUCGGUAAGACUGUCGCUGCUAGGGUCAUAUGUUGUGCUCCAGACCGACUUUGGUCUUCAGGUGAAGUUUGACGGAGAUCAUCAACUGGUGGUAGUUGUGGACGAGAGAUACAAAGGACAGCUGUGUGGCUUGUGUGGAACCUACACCAAUGACCAACUGGAUGACUUCCUGAAACCUGAUGGAAUACUAGCCUUGGAUUCAAACCAAUUUGGGAACAGUUGGACAGUUACUGACGAUGACUGGCCGUGUAACCAAACAGCUCCACUUCCACCUCCAUGCGAGCCAGCAGCAAGCGAAGAGGCAGAGAGAUACUGUAAAAUAGUCUUGGCUAACCCUGGUCCAUUUGAAGAGUGCCACUGGCAUAUCCCACCUCAACUCUACUUUGAGAGCUGCGUCUACGAUCAUUGUGUGACUGGCGGAGACUCUGUUCAGAUGUGCAACAUGCUGGAGUCUUAUGCUUCAGCUUGUGAAGCAGCUGGUGUUGCGCUGGGAGACUGGAGGCAGCAGAGUGGCUGUCCUCAGAAAAGUUGUCCACUGGAUUGUAACUUUGACAAAGACCUGUGCCAUUGGGCCCAAUCCAAGAGCGAUACGUUGGACUGGACACGCAACAGAGGGCCGACACCAUCAUAUAACACAGGACCAAGUUUUGACCACACCACAGCAGGUGGUUACUACAUCUACAUUGAAGGCAACGAUGGCCAACCAGGAGACCGAGCCCAUCUGGUCAGUGUUCCAUGUGCGGAGAGAGGAGCUCACUGCAUGCGAUUCUGGUACCACAUGUAUGGAGUAGGUCAGCGCAUGGCUUUGAAUGUUUACCAGAUUGAAAGCGGAACAGCAGUGCUGAAGUGGUCUGAUUCAGGAAAUAAGGGAAACCGAUGGAUUGAAGGACAGGUUGACCUUGACCUGUCUGGAGGUUCUCAGAUCCUCCUGGAGGCGGUCCGUGGCCAAGACUACCGGAGCGAUGUUGCUGUGGAUGACAUUUCCUUUCACGUAGGAUGCUGUGGAGAGGGUUGUGGAACGACAACAACUACGAGCACCUCAACUACAGCCAGUACCACAACGCCCGCCCUUACAGAGUCUUCCUGCAUAGUACAAGGAGAUCCUCACUAUAUGACCUUUGAUGGCCAAGCUCACGACUUUAUGGGAACGUGCACGUACACCUUAUCAAAACUGUGCAGUACCAACAGCAGUCUGCCCUAUUUCAAAGUUGAAGCUGCAAAUGAGCACAGAGGCGGUAACCCGUACGUGUCUUACGUGAGACAAGUCAACGUUGAGGUUUCCAAUCACAGAAUCACGCUCGGGAAGGGGCGUGUGGUAAAGGUUGAUGGGGAAGAGGCAGUGCUACCUGUUGCAGUCAGCCCGGGUGUUGUUGUCACUCUGUCUGGGCAGUACGUCGUCAUUGCCACUAGUUUUGGAUUGCGAGUGAAGUUUAAUGGCAGGCAUCGAGCUGAGGUGACUCUCCCGAGUCUCUUCAAAGGCAAGGUGUGUGGAAUGUGUGGAAACUAUAAUGAAGACAGAAGGGAUGAUUUUCUGAAUCCAGAUGGAAUAAUGGAACCUGAUUCAGUCAGCUUGGGCAACAGCUGGCAGUCUGGAAAUGACACAAGGUGUACUCCUGAUGUUGGCAUCAGACCAAAUUGCAGUAAGGAUGAAAAGCGUAUCAUCGAAAGUGAAUAUUACUGUGGGAUAAUCAAGGAUGCAGACGGUCCUUUCAAAGGGUGCCAUUCGAGAGUCGACCCGGAAGCUUAUUUUGCUGACUGUGUGUACGACCUUUGUGCGUUAGGCAUGGAGCAGGAGGCUCUGUGCAGCAGUUUGGAGUCGUACGGAGAUGCAUGCCAGUCAGAGGGAGCGAGUGUGGAUCCCUGGAGGAAUGAGAGCUUCUGCCCUGUAAAGUGUGGAGCGAAUAGCCAUCAUGAGCAGUGCGGCUCAGCUUGCCCAGCCACCUGUGUGAGUCCGAGUGCUCCAUCGCGCUGCUUGCAACCUUGCGUGGAAGGCUGUGUGUGUGACAGUGGUUACCUUCUCUACAAUGACCGAUGUGUGCCAGAGGAUAAGUGUGGUUGCUGGUAUGAAGGAAAGCACUACCCAGUGGGCUCUGAACUCUGGACAGAUGAUACCUGCUCAAGAAAAUGUAGAUGUCCUUCUGCAGGCAGUAAUAUGGUGUGCAGGGAUUCAACGUGUUCUACAGGUUCAUACUGUGGAGUUGUAAACGGCGUCCCCGGUUGCUACCCAUACACGUACGGUAUCUGCAGAGUGCAUAAUGAUCCGCAUUACAACACCUUUGACAAAGCCACCCUCCACUUUAUGGGCAGCUGUACGUACACAAUCGCCAAGUCGUGUGGAAAUUCCUCCUCCCUUCCGUACUUCAACAUUGAAACAAAGAAUGAAAAUCGUGGCAACGCAAGAGUAUCUUACGUUCAGAAAGUUCAUGUAACUGUUCACGGCCACAGUGUUUGGAUUGUGAAGCGGGAACGUCGGCGGGUGUUGGUUGAUGACGUGUGGGAGACCUUACCUGUUGGGCGUGGCGAAGGUGGCCUGAGUGUGAGAAGGAGCGGAAGAUACGUGGUGCUGACAACUGAUUUCGGCCUGUACGUUUCUUACGACACUGAUCAUUCCGUGGAAGUGAAGGUGCCCAGUACGUACUUUAAUCGGGUUUGUGGUAUGUGCGGUAACUACAAUGGAAUACGGCAGGAUGACUACAUGAAAGCUGAUGGAACGCAAGCUAAGGAUGACAACGAACUGGGAAAUAGCUGGAAGGUGCCACCUGACGAGCCAGGUUGCGACCCCGUCGAGCCAGAAGAGUGUAAGCCCGCAGAUGAGGAGCGCUAUCGACGUGAUGAUUUCUGUGGUCUGAUCACCAGUCAACAGGGGCCAUUUGUAAACUGCCACUCUGUGAUCAACACCAAUGGUUUCUUUGAAAGUUGUGUUGUUGAACUGUGCUUGACCGGAGGAGACGAAGGAGCUCUGUGUAAUGCCCUGCAGAUCUACUCAGAUGCCUGCCAGAGAGCAGGAGUGACCAUUGUGCCAUGGAGGAACUCGACUUUCUGUGGUAUGGUGUGUGAAGCCAACAGCCAUUAUAACGCAUGCGCUAGCGCUUGUCCAGCCACUUGCACUGACCGCUUUGCUUCGGGGAACUGCAGUGAGCCUUGUGUGGAGGACUGUGAGUGUAACCAUGGCUUUGUCCUGAGUGGAAGCUCGUGCGUGUCUGUGGAGAACUGUGGUUGCACGCACAAGAACAAAUACUACGAGAAAGGUGCAAUGUUCUGGGAAGACGGAUGUCGAGAAAGGUGCCGCUGCACUGGCAAUGACCGAAUCGUGUGCGAGCCAGCAACUUGUGGACCGGGAGAAAUCUGCAAAGUGCAGGGUGGCAAUUUGGGAUGUUACGGCGCUGACACUGCCAUUUGCCACAUCUAUGGCGACCCGCACUACACAACAUUUGAUGGGAAGCUGUACCAUUUCCAGGGUGCCUGCAAUUACACGGUGACCGAGACUUGUGGAAAUACAUCUGUCCAAUUUUCUGUGACGAGUAGGAAUGAGCACCGAGGUAGUCCGAGCUGGACUGCCAUUAACUCGGUGAGCGUGCGCCUGCACAACCUCCACAUUGCAUUGCGGAAAAAUAGGGACGUUUAUGUGGAUGGAGUGAGGGUGUAUCUCCCUGUGACACCCAUUGCUUCGGUAAGACUGUCGCUGGUAGGGUCAUAUGUUGUGCUCCAGACCGACUUUGGUCUUCAGGUGAAGUUUGACGGAGAUCAUCAACUGGUGGUAGUUGUGGACGAGAGAUACAAAGGACAGCUGUGUGGCUUGUGUGGAACCUACACCAAUGACCAACUGGAUGACUUCCUGAAACCUGAUGGAAUACUAGCCUUGGAUUCAAACCAAUUUGGGAACAGUUGGACAGUUACUGACGAUGACUGGCCGUGUAACCAAACAGCUCCACUUCCACCUCCAUGCGAGCCAGCAGCAAGCGAAGAGGCAGAGAGAUACUGUAAAAUAGUCUUGGCUAACCCUGGUCCAUUUGAAGAGUGCCACUGGCAUAUCCCACCUCAACUCUACUUUGAGAGCUGCGUCUACGAUCAUUGUGUGACUGGCGGAGACUCUGUUCAGAUGUGCAACAUGCUGGAGUCUUAUGCUUCAGCUUGUGAAGCAGCUGGUGUUGCGCUGGGAGACUGGAGGCAGCAGAGUGGCUGUCCUCAGAAAAGUGGUUACUACAUCUACAUUGAAGGCAAUGAUGGCCAACCAGGAGACCGAGCCCAUCUGGUCAGUGUUCCAUGUGCGGAGAGAGGAGCUCAAUGCAUGCGAUUCUGGUACCACAUGUAUGGAGUAGGUCAGCGCAUGGCUUUGAAUGUUUACCAGAUUGAAAGCGGAACAGCAGUGCUGAAGUGGUCUGAUUCAGGAAAUAAGGGAAACCGAUGGAUUGAAGGACAGGUUGACCUUGACCUGUCUGGAGGUUCUCAGAUCCUCCUGGAGGCGGUCCGUGGCCAAGACUACCGGAGCGAUGUUGCUGUGGAUGACAUUUCCUUUCACGUAGGAUGCUGUGGAGAGUCUUCCUGCAUAGUACAAGGAGAUCCUCACUAUAUGACCUUUGAUGGCCAAGCUCACGACUUUAUGGGAACGUGCACGUACACCUUAUCAAAACUGUGCAGUACCAACAGCAGUCUGCCCUAUUUCAAAGUUGAAGCUGCAAAUGAGCACAGAGGCGGUAACCCGUACGUGUCUUACGUGAGACAAGUCAACGUUGAGGUUUCCAAUCACAGAAUCACGCUCGGGAAGGGGCGUGUGGUAAAGGUUGAUGGGGAAGAGGCAGUGCUACCUGUUGCAGUCAGCCCGGGUGUUGUUGUCACUCUGUCUGGGCAGUACGUCGUCAUUGCCACUAGUUUUGGAUUGCGAGUGAAGUUUAAUGGCAGGCAUCGAGCUGAGGUGACUCUCCCGAGUCUCUUCAAAGGCAAGGUGUGUGGAAUGUGUGGAAACUAUAAUGAAGACAGAAGGGAUGAUUUUCUGAAUCCAGAUGGAAUAAUGGAACCUGAUUCAGUCAGCUUGGGCAACAGCUGGCAGUCUGGAAAUGACACAAGGUGUACUCCUGAUGUUGGCAUCAGACCAAAUUGCAGUAAGGAUGAAAAGCGUAUCAUCGAAAGUGAAUAUUACUGUGGGAUAAUCAAGGAUGCAGACGGUCCUUUCAAAGGGUGCCAUUCGAGAGUCGACCCGGAAGCUUAUUUUGCUGACUGUGUGUACGACCUUUGUGCGUUAGGCAUGGAGCAGGAGGCUCUGUGCAGCAGUUUGGAGUCGUACGGAGAUGCAUGCCAGUCAGAGGGAGCGAGUGUGGAUCCCUGGAGGAAUGAGAGCUUCUGCCCUGUAAAGUGUGGAGCGAAUAGCCAUUAUGAGCAGUGCGGCUCAGCUUGCCCAGCCACCUGUGUGAGUCCGAGUGCUCCAUCGCGCUGCUUGCAACCUUGCGUGGAAGGCUGUGUGUGUGACAGUGGUUACCUUCUCUACAAUGACCGAUGUGUGCCAGAGGAUAAGUGUGGUUGCUGGUAUGAAGGAAAGCACUACCCAGUGGGCUCUGAACUCUGGACAGAUGAUACCUGCUCAAGAAAAUGUAGAUGUCCUUCUGCAGGCAGUAAUAUGGUGUGCAGGGAUUCAACGUGUUCUACAGGUUCAUACUGUGGAGUUGUAAACGGCGUCCCCGGUUGCUACCCAUACACGUACGGUAUCUGCAGAGUGCAUAAUGAUCCGCAUUACAACACCUUUGACAAAGCCACCCUCCACUUUAUGGGCAGCUGUACGUACACAAUCGCCAAGUCGUGUGGAAAUUCCUCCUCCCUUCCGUACUUCAACAUUGAAACAAAGAAUGAAAAUCGUGGCAACGCAAGAGUAUCUUACGUUCAGAAAGUUCAUGUAACUGUUCACGGCCACAGUGUUUGGAUUGUGAAGCGGGAACGUCGGCGGGUGUUGGUUGAUGACGUGUGGGAGACCUUACCUGUUGGGCGUGGCGAAGGUGGCCUGAGUGUGAGAAGGAGCGGAAGAUACGUGGUGCUGACAACUGAUUUCGGCCUGUACGUUUCUUACGACACUGAUCAUUCCGUGGAAGUGAAGGUGCCCAGUACGUACUUUAAUCGGGUUUGUGGUAUGUGCGGUAACUACAAUGGAAUACGGCAGGAUGACUACAUGAAAGCUGAUGGAACGCAAGCUAAGGAUGACAACGAACUGGGAAAUAGCUGGAAGGUGCCACCUGACGAGCCAGGUUGCGACCCCGUCGAGCCAGAAGAGUGUAAGCCCGCAGAUGAGGAGCGCUAUCGAGGUGAUGAUUUCUGUGGUCUGAUCACCAGUCAACAGGGGCCAUUUGUAAACUGCCACUCUGUGAUCAACACCAAUGGUUUCUUUGAAAGUUGUGUUGUUGAACUGUGCUUGACCGGAGGAGACGAAGGAGCUCUGUGUAAUGCCCUGCAGAUCUACUCAGAUGCCUGCCAGAGAGCAGGAGUGACCAUUGUGCCAUGGAGGAACUCGACUUUCUGUGGUAUGGUGUGUGAAGCCAACAGCCAUUAUAACGCAUGCGCUAGCGCUUGUCCAGCCACUUGCACUGACCGCUUUGCUUCGGGGAACUGCAGUGAGCCUUGUGUGGAGGACUGUGAGUGUAACCAUGGCUUUGUCCUGAGUGGAAGCUCGUGCGUGUCUGUGGAGAACUGUGGUUGCACGCACAAGAACAAAUACUACGAGAAAGGUGCAAUGUUCUGGGAAGACGGAUGUCAAGAAAGGUGCCGCUGCACUGGCAAUGACCGAAUCGUGUGCGAGCCAGCAACUUGUGGACCGGGAGAAAUCUGCAAAGUGCAGGGUGGCAAUUUGGGAUGUUACGGCGCUGACACUGCCAUUUGCCACAUCUAUGGCGACCCGCACUACACAACAUUUGAUGGGAAGCUGUACCAUUUCCAGGGUGCCUGCAAUUACACGGUGACCGAGACUUGUGGAAAUACAUCUGUCCAAUUUUCUGUGACGAGUAGGAAUGAGCACCGAGGUAGUCCGAGCUGGACUGCCAUUAACUCGGUGAGCGUGCGCCUGCACAACCUCCACAUUGCAUUGCGGAAAAAUAGGGACGUUUAUGUGGAUGGAGUGAGGGUGUAUCUCCCUGUGACACCCAUUGCUUCGGUAAGACUGUCGCUGCUAGGGUCAUAUGUUGUGCUCCAGACCGACUUUGGUCUUCAGGUGAAGUUUGACGGAGAUCAUCAACUGGUGGUAGUUGUGGACGAGAGAUACAAAGGACAGCUGUGUGGCUUAUGUGGAACCUACACCAAUGACCAACUGGAUGACUUCCUGAAACCUGAUGGAAUACUAGCCUUGGAUUCAAACCAAUUUGGGAACAGUUGGACAGUUACUGACGAUGACUGGCCGUGA